AUGGACGCGUCCACGCCCUGUGUCUCGUUCAUUGGAAUUGUGGACUUCACCGAGCAGGCUAAAUGGCUGUACCUGUCAGAAUCGGUCGUGGAUCUUCUUGGCUGGGAGCCCGCAGACCUCAUCGGGACUCCCUCCUUGAAUCUCGUACAUCCAGAUGAGUACGACCAAGUAAAGGCGAUGCACUACUCCACCAUCACCCAGGAUCGCGCCGCCGUGCUUGCUUAUUUGCGCAUGCGGCACAAGGACCCGUACAAGGGCUACGUCCUCUGCGCUAUCUCCCGCACGGUCGCCCAGAAUGUGCUUGUCGGCAGCGUGUCGUUCGCAUCGCCUGGUCCGAAGGCCAUGCACAACGCGUCGACCGCGCAGGAAGUCCGAAUUAUAACGCCAUACGCCAAAGACUUGGAUUUCCGGCGCUGGAACGACCCCAACCCCAUGCCGCCUUGCCGUGUGCCGAGCCCCAUCCGCGAGCUGUCGACAGGGCCUUCAGGCUCGUCCGACGGCUCGCGAACCCCAUCGCCCAGCCCGUCGGACGAGGCGCCGCCCCGCUUCGACCCGCUGCCGGAGCAGAGCGUGCGCACGGCGCUGAUUCUAGACCGCUUCAGCCGGAAUUGUAAGAUCCUGUACUGCUCGAACGACAGCCUGGUGAGCACGACGAAGGCGAUGGGGCGCGACUUCUUCGACUUUGUGAUACGCCGCGACGAGGAGAAGGUGCGCUCGUGGAUCGACGUCGUCAAGGGCUGGGGCGUCAACGAGCGCGGCCAGCCGAGCGACGGCGGGUUCGGGUUCGGCAAGUUCGCGGUGUGCGUGCAGGGGCGCGAUUCGAGCAUCCGCACGCCGGAGCCUGCACCUGCGCGGGGCCACCGUCAGAACGGACACAGCAGCCGCGCCAACGCGACUAACGACAAUCGCCCUGGCCGGCAUGAGCGCCGCGCCCAGGGCUCUUCCUCGCACAGUCCGACGCACAGCCGCCACCGCGGACGUGGGGAUCCGUCGGAACUCGUCGUGGACGCGAUAUUCUCCGCGCACUCCGACGGGCUCAUGGUCAUCCUCCGCAAGUCGUCCUCCUCGUAA